AUGGAGGACUGGUUGAUCGCAAAAACACUGGAUUGUGACUUCUGUGUGUGUGUGUGCGUGUGGGGGCGCGCCCAGUGGAUGACUGCAGGAAGGGGAGUGGUUCAUGCUGAGAUGCCCAUGUCUGAGGAACCCUUGGUGGGUUUGCAGCUGUGGGUGAACCUGUCCAGGCAGAAUAAGAUGGUGCAACCAGCCUAUCAGGAAUUGCAGAGCUCAGAUAUCCCCAAAGAGACUCACGGUGGUCACUGUGGCUGUAAUAUCGGAGAAGCCUUAGGAGCAAAGUCCAAGGUCUACACAAGGACACCAACAAUGUAUUUGGAUUUUGUGCUGAAGAUUGGAGCCCAACAUGUACAGCCAGUUCCAUCAGGAUGGACUGCCUUCAUUUACACUCUCUCAGGAACCAUUCAUGUUGGCCCUGAUGACGAGCAGCAGAAGGUGGAGCCCCGUCACACGGUGGUUUUUGGAGAUGGGGACAGUGUUCGAUUUGAAAACAAGGGUUCCAACAUUUGCCAUUUUGUCCUGAUAGCUGGAGAACCCAUCAAUGAGCCUGUGGUGAAGCACGGUCCAUUUGUAAUGAACACGCAGGAAGAGAUCAACCAGGCUAUCAGUGAUUAUAGAAAUGGUCAAAAUGGCUUUGAGCGAGCCUUAAACUGGCGAUCUCAGAUCCGAGAUUCUCUUUAACCAUUAUGUUGUACAAAAUAUAUUGUUUGUUGCUUGCAUCUAUUUUUGAAAUCUUCUUUUGGUCAUAAAGUACAUUUACAUUUUAAAUUCCAUUUUAUUAGAGCAACAACACUAGCACAGUAGUUUUUCAACCUUUCUAUGCCGUGUGCUGUCUGAAAAUAAUAUUCUCGCUCUCGAAGUGCUACCACAAUUACCAACAUCAAGUGUUCCAAAAAAAUGUUUUAUUUCUAAAAGGUUUAUUUAAUAUUGCUGCAAGCUAUUUUAAUGUCAUGUAUAUUUUGAACAUUAACUCUACACUUAAGAAAAUGCCAACAAAACAAAAUUACUUAUAAAUAAUGAUUCAUUUAAAAUGCUUAGCGCGUAAAAGGUGAAUUAAAAACUGCACCUAAACAAACAGUCCUAAAAGAUUACAAGUAAAUAUAUUGUCCUAACAAGUCAAAUACAACUGAACUGUCCAUAACAAAUAUAUUGAAUAUUCAACAUAAAUAAAGGUUUGUCCAUUUAAA